AAAAGAUUAUUGUGUGCAUAAAUGCAUGUUAUUCCAUAUCACAAUAAAAAGGAAUUAGAAUCGCUACAAGAAGCAAGAGUGCCACCCUGGGUGCCUAGUCCUUUCCAUACAUUCAGCCACUGGAGGAAGCUUAAAAUGAUAUGGAUGGUGGGGGAAAGGAGAUUAAAAAAAAUAUAUUAUCGGGUUUUAAAAGGUGGAAACGAAUCCGAACGAAGAAGCCGGGAUAAUAACCUAAGCUCUACAGCAGCUGCAAGGAAGACGACACACAACAGCUUAUUCGAAGGAGACGAGGAAGGGGGGGCACUGGGAUCCAAAUGCUUUAAAAGCAGAGGAUGGGGCUCCAGAGGCCGAGCAGUCCGUCACUCGAUUCCCGAAGAGAGGGGCAGCUCUGGGCCUGCCCGCUCGCCUCCUGGGGCUUCGCUUUCUGCCAAGGAGAUGGAUGAAGGUAGGCAGAGAAGCGCAGGUGGCGGCGGUCGCUCGAUCCGGCGGGGCUUCGUAUCUCCGGGGGCGGCCGCGGAGAAGGAGCGGCCGACAGUCUCGGGGGGGGAAGCAAUCACUCAGCGUCGCCGCUCCACCCGAGGGGCAGAGAGAGACAGAGAAGGCGAGCGGUGCCGCCGCCGCCGCUUCCAGGACAGCCUGCGGCUCGGCAAGGAGAGCGCUUCGGCGCCGCUGCUUCGGCCGCCCCGGAGCCUUCGGCCCUCCUCAGGCUUGCUGUCGGGUCCCGAGGCGGAGCCCAGUUUCGCGCGCAGCCUCCACAGACCCUCCCCAGCCCCAGGCGGUCGACUGCGGCGGAGUCAGGAGCCGCGGAAGCUCCAUGGAGGCCGACUCGGCUCCGGCCGCUUCGUGGGUCCCUCCUCUUCCUCUUCCCACCCCCACCCCCCUCGCUCAGUCCGGCCGCGCGACCAACAGCCGAAAGGCAGCUCGCGGCGCCAGCAGCCCCACCCACUGAGCAACCGUCAAGCCUUUCCCUUUCCCCCCUCAGCUUGGAAACAACGGCAGCCGGCAGCGCCCGGGCGGGUUCUUACGGCGGAACCACCAACUGCAACCUGCCGGGUAGAUUCUCGCGCCGCGUGCGCAGGCGCACUGCGCCAACCCAUUGCUCGCCCUCGUCCUCUCUCCCUCCUCCCCCCACGCACCGCCACGAGGAGGUGGGAGGGAACUCGAGUGAAAAGUCACACCCACUCCUAGGGGAGGGUGCGCGAGCGUUACAGUCAGGGACUGAGGCAGCGGAGGCGGGGCUAGUUUAAAAAUAGUUGGGUUGCGCUGGAUUCUGAGGGAGAGGCGGCAGCGCGGUCGCUGUUCUUGGGGAGCUGAACCGUCGAAAAGGGAAAAGGCAGCCAGGCUUAGGGACAGCUGUGCCUGCGAACCAGCUCCACAUCUAUAUGUAUCUUCCUUACAUUGCUUUCCUGCAACCCCUCCCCCCUCCACAUACUCAUUGGACACUGAGGCAGGACUGGUGUGUGUGUGUGCGCUCCCAACAGAAACUGACCCUUUCUCCUCCGCCGUUACCAGUCGAUCGAAGCUCAGUGUUAUUAUUAUGCCCUCUUCCGAGGGAGCAAAAGCAGGGCAGCAACACCUGUCAAGCAAAUCACUCCUUCGCUCAGUCCGUUUACCUCACACCGGCCAUUCCAUUUCCCAGCCAUAAGCCCCCUUUUCCUUUCCGCAUUAUGCUGUGCCUUCCACACGUUGACAUAAUAGUUAACGACACUCCACUCCUCCCCAUCAUUUUAGGAGGAAAUUGCCUCACAAAUUCACUUCUCUGAUGAGAGCUAGAAAUCCCCUCAGGCUUCGCGCAACCCACAUUUCUCUAGGACCCAAGUCCCCUCAAGUCAGCAUAAUUCACCUUGCCUUGCUCCGGUGGACACAUUCAGAAGGUCCUGGGUCCAGCCUCUUUCAUCUCCAGACCUACCAGCGAUGUACCUCAUGCUCACCACCAAGGAUUUCAUUGUUCUUAUCCACCAUUUCUAUGGGAGGAUUUGAACGAAGCCAGGAACUAUAUAAGCCAGUUAAGUAUCACCAAUGGUUUUGAGUAUCAGCUGAGUUACGCUUUGAGCUUUAAUAAAUAUUGUAUUUUCCCUGUGAUUCUUCCCUCCUUUGUCAGACUUCAGAAAGUCUGACUUUUCUCAGUAGUGGUUCUAUUUCCACAGGUACAGAUGUCUUUAGUGCUACUCUUACAUCUUUUUAAAAAGGGUAGAGUAUUGACAUGGGCAGUGACAUAUCAGAAAAGUGAACCUAUUGCAACUCAGCACAUAUUAAUUAUAAUUUUUACAGUGAACAUCAUGUUUGUCCCUAUUUUUUGUUUAUUUCAGUCAAUCUUAUGGUUAAUGAAACAUAACAGGAUGUAUACAUAGAACAAAUGCAAUACUCCUGAUAGUAUGGAAAGUGAAUUGGACUUCCCCUUGUAGCUUAGGAGCUCCCCAUCUGGCAGCAGACUAAGUCUCAAUUAUUUCAGUGGGAGAAGCAGAUUAAUUCUCUUCCUGAAAUCAAUGGAACCUAGCCUAGUUUUGUUCUGUAUGUUCUAAAAGUAGCCAUAAAAUAGUGCCUUGAUGGUUUGAGUUGUCAUUUGAUGUCAUAUCUACUGUCGAAUGCAUAACAACUACAGAAACAUUUCACACUAGCUGGGGAAAGAAUCACAUUUUCCCAAUGGCAUUAUAUUGCAGUUUGAGCAUUGGGAAUAUGUGACAUUUCCACAAGAAAAGUGUUUCCUUGAAAGAACUGUACCUUUGCUGCUUGACUGUCUGGAAAGCUCCUUGAUUUCUUGCUGUAUUUCAUGCCCGUGUAAUAUGCUUCCUCUCUUUAUUUCCUUGCACAGAGUCAACUGACUCCACUCAAAAGCCAUUAAGCUCAAUCAACCCUUUUUGUUACAAAUGCCAUCAGGAAUGCUGCCGCCAGCAGCAGGUUACAGGAGAAUGGAUGCGCUUGCAUUUCUGUGCUCCCAGCACAUUUACAGGAGGCUGCAGUGAGGUUUGCUGCAGAGGACACUGCUGGGUAUUGUAUGUUACUGAGGGCUGUGAGAUAUAGCGAGGAG